AUGACUCUUACGCGGACGUCGAGUUCUUUGCAGCAGUGCAAACUAUAUACGGUUAUUGCACUGUUGCUUGUCCUUGUUUCAAUGGUGAGAGGUUUCCCGUUAGAUGGACAACAACUCGAUUCUGCGGUGGAAGGAGUACAGAAAUAUUUGGAAUCGUCUGGUUUUCCAAAAAUGACUCGUGGUGAAGUAUUGGAUUUUUUAAACGAUUUCUCCAAGAACUCUCGAGUAAGUCGUUCAGAUAAUACUGCAGUAAAUGUCAAGAAAGAUAUUACGUACGUCACGCCAUCCCCUGAUUUCGUGUACUCAAAAACACAAAUACCAAACGUGCACGAUGAUGUGACGAAAAGUUCAACCACUCGACCAAAAAUCCCUAAUGGCGAAUCACCACUCAACUAUGGAUAUCCAAUGAGCUUAAGUAAAAAAACUGACCAGUCACUGCCAUCGACCACGCCAAUAAUAUUUGUGACAGUGCAAAGCAGAAAUUUAACAAGUGACAAAAAAACUGAGAUCAUGUUGCAAACAAUGGACGCGAGAAAUACGCAGAAAAAAAGUAUCGGCCCUUCUGUCGAUUUGAAUGCGUAUGCUAAGUUUAAGAAAAUCCCUGAAGCCAGAAAUUUGAAAAUUGACGAUGACAUGAAAGAUUUUCUCAACAAUUUCGGACUAUUGGAUGCUCCAAAAUCGGGUAAAUCGAUUGAUUUAGAUUCUAACAAACCGCAAAUGCGAUCCAACGAACCACAAAGACGAUCCAACGAACCUCAAAGGCGAAAUGACGAUGCUACUGCCACAGAAUCAGUGGAUGAAAAACUAUUAAAAUCAAUUCUAAAUGAAACUGGCAACAGUGGAGUAAACAUAUCACAGUUUCAACCUCUCCUCGAAAGUGCAUCAGACCGGAGGGACCAUGUGUUCAACCCUUCCGAAUCCAACGUAAAAACGGUAGAUAUGAACAGAAUAGCGAAGAUAGUGGAAAAUAUACGACUGUUGUCUGACGAUAACAAUACUAUUUCUUUGUCACAAGAAGCCAUCCAAAAGAAAUUAGAAAACAUAACGGCGGCUAUAGCUGCUAUUGAUCAGCCAACCGAUAAUAGCAAUAAUAAGGAAUUCAAUGGGUACGAAGUGUUCUUCGACGACAAUUCCAAAGAAGUCGAUUCGGAUCUGCCAGAGUCACCUACCGUUUCAGAGACUCAACCUUUGAGUAAAGCCCCGAACCCGCCUGAUCCUUUGUCCACCGAUGAACUUCAAAUGCUGCUGGAAAAGAACAAAAAUGAGGUAAAACGUCAAGAGCCAGUGAGUGAAGAGGCAGUAGCUAAUAUCACAACCUCUACUGAAGAAUCCAUAGCAGUCGCUACGUCCUCCGAAGCAGUGAUAACAUCGGUAUCCACUGAUUCGUCCUCGGAAGCAACGUCCGUAGAAGUAACAUCCGGCGCUAGCGCAGCAAGAGAUUUUUCUACGACUGCUGAUCCUAACCCAAGUCUAUCUCAAUUGGCCGAGUCAUUUGGUGGAGGCGAGACCGCCAGCAGUCCACCGGUAAUCGAUGAAAUAAUUACACCUGGACCCGAACGACCUAAGAACGGAUUGUACUUCUAUGUGGACUGGAAUUCGUUUUUGACAGUUAACGGAGGCCAAAAGAACCAAGUCAACUUGAGGUUUGCACCGAAAGCUGGGAACCCAAAUCAUUUUAUCAAGGUCACCGUACCGUAA